AUGACCAACUCUCUCAAAUCCAUCAAAGUUGGUCUCAUGGUUAGGAUUUGGGGUGGUGUUCAGCCCAAGGUCCGAUUAAGCGAUGUUGUUUUCAGUCAACCCAUCGCAGGUCAUCCGGGGGUCGUUCAAUGGGAUAUGGGGAAGAUGCAGUCUGGUGGAUACGAACGGACUGGUGCACUGAACAGACCCCCGAAUGCGGUUUUGACUGCUAUCGAUCAGCUCAAAAAUGAGAAUAAGAUAAUUGGAUCCAAGGCCGAUGAACCCUGGGAUAAGACGGCGAGAAAACACCCCCACCUGGCAUCGAAAUACAUUCGAUGUGACUUUUUGAAGGUUGCUUUGCUAGACACAGAGACUCAAAUAUACUAUGGUCUGAUUGCAUCCGGUAACAGGGUAAUCAAGGACGCCAAGUUCCGCAACGCUCUCGUCAAAGACUUUAGUGGAAAGUUGCGCUGCAUAGAGAUGGAGGCUGCCGGACAGAUAAACGAAGAAUUCCCUUGCAUUGUAAUUCGAGGGAUAUGCGAUUAUGCAGACGCGGCAAAGAACAAAGAGUGGCAGGAGUACGCAGCAGCGACGGCUGCUGCAUUUGCAAAAGAAUUACUGGGUUAUGUGCAACCAAGUGAUGUUGAUACCGGUAAAGGAUAUACUUGA